AUGGUCCCCAAAGUAGUCCUUAUUACUGGUGCGACUGGAACGCAAGGCGGAGCUGUGGCCAGGAUCCUUCUACAGCAUCCCGACCAAUAUAUCGUCCGCUGCUUAACACGGAACCCUGAAUCAGACAAAGCCCAAGCACUGGACAAGCUCGGCGCUGUGUCUGUUCGAGGAGAUUUGACUGUUCCUUCGUCACUCUCCGUACCGCUAAAAGGGGCUUGGGGAGUCUUUGGUGUCACGGAUUUUUAUGACACGAAUAUUGUCGACGAUCCACUUAGUGAAGAGCAGCAAGGCCGGAAUCUGGCAAAGGCCGCGGCUGAAGCAGGCGUGGAAUGCUUCCUUUGGAGCACCUUGCCAAGCUCUUCCGAAAUAUCUGGAGGCCAGUUUAUAACGCAACUGUAUGAGGGAAAGCACAAUGUGGACGCGUACAUCCGUCAAAUUGGCCUGCCUGGUGUCUUCAUUUUCACAGGCAAUUUUUAUGAAAAUAUGAUCACUCGAAAAUACGUUUCGUAUGAUCCCAUUACGGACAAGAUUACCAUGAAGCGUCCGAUCUUGAAGCCUGAUGCGUCGAUCACCACCCUUUAUGUGGAAAAGGACCUCGGUGCCGUCUGUAAAGCCGUAUGGGAUCAGUGGGAUGACAAGAAAACCAGGCUAGAUGGAAAAUACCUACUCGCCGCAGGCGCGCACGAAACCCCAAGUUACAUGGCGCAGGUGUUGGAAAAAGUAUCGGGUAAGAAAGUUGAGUACAGUACUUUGCCGACUACCGGGAUCCCCGAACGAGACAUCAUGCUCAAUCUGUACAAUGCUGUCGGCAUGCAUCCCAACCGUACUCUCCCUACAGAGGAGAUCCAAGCCUUGGGAUUAAACUUGCACACGGUUGAUUCCUAUUAUCGACAGCGGCUACUGCCUCACUUGGGUCUACCCAGUGUCAACUGA